AUGGGUAACGCUGCUUCGAGGGUGGCUGUUGUUGUUGUGUUCCUGGUUCGAGCCCAGUCAUCAUCCACGCGCCCUCGCUUCAGUCCACCAUCGCCUUCCCUCUCCUUCAGUCCACCAUCGCCUUCCCUCUCCUUCAGGACACCCCGCUCCUCCCUGUUCCCAUCCCCCUCCCCAAGUACCCAGAGGGCCCACCUGCAGGCUGUCACCAAUGAUUGGAUAAACCUGACCCUGGGCCUAUCCCCCUCCUGCACCCCGGCCCCCACUCCUCCCCCGUACCCUAACAGCAGUCUGCUGGCCGACCUGGAGGCCCUCAGCACCCUGGUGUCCCCCUCCCCCUAUCCAGCCCCCAGCCAAUUCCUGGUUUCCCCCUGCCCAGCCCCCACCUUGGGAACCGUAACCUCGACACCACGCAACCUCACCCCUUCCCUCAGAGAGGGCCACUUUAUCCCCAUCACCUCACCCAAGGCUCCCAUCUACCUCUGCUCCCCAGAACCCAGACCCUCCCCACUAUCCUCCCUCCCCACCUCUGGCGGCACCUCUUUCACCUCAUCACCCAUCUCUCCCAUGUUUGGGAGCCCCAAGUAUGGCAGCGUGGUCGAUUUGUCUCAGAUUCAGAACAACACUAGCAUCAAGCCCAUUAUAGACUCGGAGAAACCUUUCGACCCCUUCUCAGACACAGUGGCCCUGUCUCCCACCUCACCUAAGGCCUGCAGUCCCAUCAAUCUGGUGGUGUACGAGCCCAGCGAUUGCCCCUCUCACAGUGACCACCCAUCUCAAAGCUACCCCCUGUCUCAAAGCUACCCCCUGUCUCACACCGACCCCCCAUCUCAACUCGAGAACAUAGUAGAGCUAAAUCAGUUUAUCUCAAAAGAGAUGAAUCAGUUCAUGGAGGACUCCACUAAAGACCAGGUAGUGGACCAGGAACAGGAAGAUGACCUUUGUGAGGAGCUGGUGUCCAUCAUUCAGGGGGGCGACCAAUCCAAAGGGGAAGAGUUUUACAGACAAGCAUCAGACGUGACAGAGGAGCUUCCCAAGCUCUUCAUAGAGGAGGAGCCUACUGAGAGCAGGAAGAUGACCCCACCUUAUAAUACCUUUACCCCUGUGUGUAGAGAUGGGGCAGAACAGGACAAGGGUUCCUCUGUACGCCUCACCUCCCCUCCCUCCCAGCAGUUCACCAUCCCCACUCUCUCCACCUCACCCAAACCUUUGUCUCCCCUCAUCUUCCCCUGCACCACCCCUCCACUUCCAGGGGUGCUACACUCUCCCCCUCCCUACAACAAACAGUACCCCCGCCUGGAGCCUAGGUCCUCCAAGGUCAAGGGUCAGUAUCCACAAAGCGACUCAGAGUAG